AUGAACCCCACCUCCGCUCACAGAGGGUUUUCUUCCCUUCCCCAGGAUUGCUGGGUCCUUAUUCUCGAGUACCUUUCAUUCAAUGAUUUGUUAUCUGUUUCAACAACAUGCAAGGCACUCCGCGCCUCAUCGGAGCCACUUCUCUACUGCGAAAUAAAUUGGGACUGGGUGACACCACCUCUGCGACGCAUUCUACGUCUUCUUCGAACCAUAAUUAGCAGGCCAGACUUAGCGCCGUCAGUGCGCUGUGUUAGUCUCCUGUCGUCAGUGUGCCCAUGGUCCCAGCGCGAGUCCGGUCGGCGUCUGAGAGGGUGGGACUUGGACUCGGAAGGGCCUUGGACAGCGCCUCAGCACGACGUGAACUGGGUUGAAGAGCGACCUCUCUUCGGAGAUGUGAUCCAAAAGGGUGUCGAUAUCAUUCAUCGAGCCCAGUUCUCAGAUACGGAAGAAUGGAUCCAGGCGCUCAACGACGGAGAUGCUUAUGCAACUGUGGCUAUACUCCUCUCUCAACUCCCAGGAAUCAAGACGCUUUACUUAGACUAUUCCUUUCACUCUCUUCUAACCAAGUCUGGAGAGCUAAACACGUUCGAUUCCCUCCAGUCGGUCGACUACGGCGGAAAUGUGCCUCCCCCUGAGCAGUGGGAAAUACCUAUGCGUGCACCAAUGCCUGAUGGAUUUCCCCUCUGUUACAACCAAGACCAGUUUAUCGGGUGGUUUUACCUGUCAUAUAUUCAGCAUCUGGCUAUUUGGCUUCGAGAUAUCGUCGACCUCAGGACAAAUCCGAGGUUAAAUUUGGAAAACAGAACUGUGGACCUAAAUUCGCUGGCGUUAGCUCGGUCAACAAUUUCAGAGGAGGACGUCCUAUUUCUGUUGACGCGCAUUCCGAAACUGAGAAAACUUCAUCUUGGUUCACUUGGUCUGGACUACUAUCCCAGUGGAUUCGGCGAGAGCCACCAUGACGACUGGCAUGAGGAGUUAUGGGAACCUUUCCACGGGAUCCUAAACAGAUUCUGCAAUCUACGAACCGCCGAGAUUCCAGCAAACUUUAUCAUAAGGGAUGAUCUGGUUACCCUGGGAGAAACCGAUUGGGAAGACCGCAGAAUCUAUGAUCAUGUACACGCUUUUCUUCCAAAUUGGAGAACUGCAACUCCUCUUCUGCAGCAGAUUACUCUUCGGUUGUGGAAUGGGCAUUAUGAACAGAUGUUUCUUGGAGACGAGAAGGAGUUGCAGGCGGCUUGUGAAGAGGCCGGUUUGCCUUUGAAAGUUACUACUGAUAGUCUUUUAUCUGCGCUAUGGGCUAGAAAUAAUUUAGAAUUACCUCUUUACUGAUAUGCAUGGCAGUUUCCCAUUAUCGUUAUUAUCGUUCUAUGAGAGUGUACUUCACCGAAAGUUUAGCUUGAAGUACUACCUGUCAAUGUAAAAUGCAAUCACACAUGUUGUUUCCGAU